AUGUCUCGAAAGGAGGCUUCCCGCAAGACCAUCCUUCCUAAAACUCUUAAAGACUUGCGAUCUGCAAAGGACAUAUUGAUUACUCCUCUUGAUACUGCAAGAACGACAGAUCAACCUCUAGAUGACCUGUUAUGGAAAGAGGAGGAUCCGUCUACGAAAUACAUUUUAUCUCAUAAGUUUAAUCAAGUGGGCGCAGGAUGGAUUGGUUUCGAAAACUGUCAAGGACUCCGCACGGUUUUUGUUAAAAUUGUCAAGGCUACGGAAGUGUUUCAUUCAAAGAAUGUCACUUAUCUGAUUUAUGACUUUGAUCGCUGUGAUCUACCGUUGUCCAUGGUCCACGCUAGUCCAAAUGUCCAAUUCACCGAAGCUGAUAUCGCCAUAGUCUGUCGCCAAGUCCUCACGGGUCUUUACCAUGGGUCUAUAAAACUUUUAGACUUGGUGCUAAGUCAGUCAGGACAGGUCAAAAUCGCCGCUCGUAAGGACUCUUUUUAUAUGUGCGUCCGGGGCCUUGUCGGUGCCUAUUUAGGAAAUCCUGAAGACAAAGGAGGAUAUCCCCGGCUCCGUCCAGGUGCCAAAGGUCCGUACGAUAUCCUGCUCCGUAAACCAGCCGUCACAGAUGGGAGAAUGCAUGUAAAUGAUCCAAGAGAUGUGUCGCGUGAAGCUUGCAAGUACAUCGAGAUGACCAAGAGCGCCACCUAUCGAGAACUAUUUCAAGUCAAUUCUAGAAAAGGCAAACCUUUAUUAACAAAUCGCGAGUGCGAUUUUCUCCUGAAAGCCCCUCCCAAACUAGCAGCAUGA